GCCAGUCCAGAGGAGGUGGGAUUAUAAAGGCCCUCUCAUCUGGACCCAGAAGCCUUGGACGGUCUCCCACAGCCCUGAAGAUCUCAAGCACCUGCCUCUAUAGCAACUGGUGCCAAUGGCGUUGUUCCAGUAUAUCUCCUCAGCCACGGAGUUACUUCUGGUUGCUGCCAUCUUCUGCAUAGUAUUCUGGGUGAUCAGAGCCUCAAGGAGCCAGGUCCCCAAAGGUCUGAAAAGUCCACCAGGACCCUGGAGUUUUCCCUUUAUUGGUCACAUGCUGACCCUGGGGAAGAACCCCCACCUAUCACUGACAAAGCUGAGCCAAAAGUACGGGGAUGUGCUGCAGAUCCGCAUUGGCUCCACCCCUGUGGUGGUGCUGAGUGGCAUGGACACCAUACGAAAGGCCCUGGUGCAGCAGGGAGAUGACUUCAAAGGUCGGCCAGACCUCUACAGCUUCACACUUAUCACUAAUGGCAAGAGCAUGACCUUCAACCCAGACUCUGGACCAGUAUGGGCUGCCCGACGUCGCCUGGCCCAGGAUGCUCUGAAGAGUUUCUCCAUAGCCUCAGACCCAACUUCCACAUCUUCCUGCUACUUGGAGGAGCAUGCAAGCAGGGAGGCUGAACAUCUGGUCAGCAAGUUCCAGAAGCUGAUGGCAGAGGUUGGGUACUUCGAACCUGUCAACCACAUAGUAGAGUCAGUGGUCAAUGUCAUUGGUGCCAUGUGCUUUGGGAAGACCUUCCCCCAGAACAGCGAGGAGAUGCUCAGCAUUGUGAAGAGUAGCAGUGACUUCGUAGAGAAUGUCUCCUCUGGAAAUGCUGUGGACUUCUUCCCCAUCCUUCGCUACCUACCCAACCCUUCCCUGAAGAGGUUUAAGACCUUCAAUGAUAAGUUUGUGCUGUUCCUGCAGAAAACGGUCCAGAAGCAUUAUCAGGACUUUGACAAGAACAGUAUCCAGGACAUCACAGGUGCCCUGUUUAAGCACAGUGAGGACUCCAAAAACAGUGGUGGCCUCAUCCCUCAAGAGAAGAUCGUCAACAUUGUCAAUGACCUCUUUGGAGCCGGGUUUGACACAGUCACAACCGCCAUCUCCUGGAGCCUUUUACUCCUUGUGACAAAGCCUGAGGUGCAGAGGAAGAUCCAGAAGGAGAUGGACACAGAGAUUGGCAGGAAUCGGAGGCCCCGGCUUUCUGAUAGACCCCAACUGCCCUAUCUGGAGGCCUUCAUCCUGGAACUCUACCGAUACACCUCCUUCGUCCCCUUCACCAUCCCCCACAGCACAACGAGGGAUACCUCACUGAAUGGCUUCUACAUUCCCAAGGAGCACUGCAUCUUCAUAAACCAAUGGCAGGUCAACCAUGACAAGAAGCAAUGGGGGGAUCCCUUUGAGUUCCGCCCAGAGCGGUUUCUUACAGACAACAACACAGCCAUCAACAAGACUUUGAGUGAGAAGGUGAUGAUCUUUGGCCUGGGCAAGCGCCGGUGCAUAGGGGAGACCCCAGCCAAGUGGGAGGUUUUCCUCUUCCUAGCCAUCCUGCUGCAAAAUCUGGAGUUCAGUGUGCCACCAGGCCUAAAGGUGGAUCUUACACCUACCUACGGGCUGACCAUGAAGCCUCCCCGCUGCCAUGACAUCCAGGCAUGGACUCGCUUUUCCAAGUGAAGAAAGCCCUGGCCUGCCAAGGCAGAAAAGGCGGGCAUCCAUGGAGCCUUAGCCUUUGUUUCUUGCCCUUUCUUUUUAAAUAACAUCUUUAUUGAACAUACAAUUCUUUCAUCAUCUAAUUCACCUCCAAUCAAUUUUACAUUCUCUGUCAUGUUCCUCUCCAAACCCAUACCCAUUGACAUUUGUAACUAUUCCCCCCUAAACUGGCUUUCUUACCCCAGCACAUGCUAAUCUAGUUUUCUCUCAAUGGACUGACCUACUCUAGGAAUUUCAUAUAAAUCAAAUGGUAUAAAACAUGG